AUGCCCAGCCCAAGUAAUUUAACAGAGCUGCAAUCGUUUUGGGGAAUGGUGAACUACUUGAACAGAUUUUCUCCAAUCUUAUCCCAGAUAUCAUUGCCUUUGCGACAGAUGACGAAAAAAGAUGUACCAUUUAUGUGGCAACCAGAGCAGCAACAAGCUUUCCAAGAGUUGAAGCAAGUAAUUACAGAAGCUCCAGUUCUAUCCUAUUACAAUCCUGAGAAGAAAAAUUUGAUCCAGUCAGAUGCAAGUUUAAAAGGAAUUGGGUGUGUGUUGAUGCAAGAUGGUAAGCCAGUAUGCUAUGCAAGUCGGUCACUGAGCGAAACCGAGUCACGGUACAGCAAUAUUGAGCGAGAACUGUUGGCUGCCUGCUGGUCCCUGGAGAAAUUUAAUCAUUAUGUGUUUGGCAAGAAGGUGGUAAUCGAGACAGAUCACAAACCGUUAGAAAGCAUAUGGAAGAAGAGUAUCACUAGUGCAUCGCCUCGCCUACAGAGACUUCUCCUGAGAAUGUCGAAGUAUGAUGUUGAUCUACGAUAUAUCGAGGGCAAGAAGAAUGUAAUCGCGGACACCUUGUCCCGAGUCAGCUGCAUGGAGCCACCUGUAGAUGGAAAUGAAGUGCCGUUGAUAGAAAUCAAUGAAAUUUCGAGUACAUUACCAGCAAGUCCAACAAAAUUGGACGAAAUACGGGAGCAAACAAGACGAGAUGCUACCUUGGAUCACUUGAAAGAAGUUAUACACCACGGAUGGCUUGAGUAUCCUAGCCAGUGUCCUUCUGACUUGAAAGAAUUUUGGAACUUUCGCGAAGAUCUUAGUGUUGAAAACGGCUUGGUACUGAAACGACAUCGUCUUGUGAUUCCAAGCAAACUCCGUCCACAGAUGUUACAAAUUGUGCAUCAGGGCCAUAUGGGCACGGAGAAAUGCCUUCUGAAGGCGAAAGACUGCUUGUUUUGGCCUGGGAUUUCGAAUGAUAUUAAGAAGAUGACCACUACUUGUUCCACCUGUUUGCAAUACUCGAAACAGCAAUCGAAAGAACCGCUACACCCUCAUAACGUUCCAAGUUUUCCCUGGCAAAAGGUUGGAACAUACCUUCUUGAGUACGAAGGAGCACAAUACCUGCUGGUAGCAGAUUAUUACAGUAAAUAUCCAAUUUUACGAAAGUUGAAUGGUACGACAUCAAAUGCUGUUAUCAACCAAUUAAAGUCAAUAUUUGCAGAAUAUGGAAUACCUGAAACGCUAGUAUCAGACAAUGGCCCACAAUAUAGCAGUCGAGAGUUUUCAACCUUCUGUAGCCAUUGGGGCAUUGGCCAUAGUACAAGCUCACCACUGUAUCCUCGAAGUAACGGUUUUGUAGAACGAAUGGUUCAAACUGUAAAGAACUUACUAUGCAAGUCGGAAGCUGCAGGUGAAGACCCAUAUCUUGCAUUACUUACAUAUCGGACAACACCCAUAGACAACAACUUAUCGUCACCAGCCAAGCUACUAAAUCAACGAGAAUAUCGGACAUUAUUACCUUGUAGCGGAAGGCUACAACGAUGCCAAACAACGCCAGCAAAUCAAGAACAGCUUCAGCUGCCUCAAGAUGUUCAGAAACGUCAGCAUGAUGUGAACUCUCCACGUGUGUUGUCUAAGCUGCUACCAGAGCAGAAAGUGGUGGUAUUCCAGCCUCGAAAGAAAACGUGGACUCCAGGAAAAGUCAUUCAAGAAUCAAACAAGCCAAGAUCGUAUGUGGUUGAAACACCCAACGGGGGCGAAGUUCGACGUAACAGGAUACACCUAAAACCUGUAAGUGAGGACGGCAGACAACCAGAAAUAGAACAUAUGACGAGCGGGCACGACUGUUCACGUUCUAGUUUACAAGAAAAGAUUCGUACCAGUGAACCUAACCUGGGAACUGCAAACAAAAGCAGAAAACCAGAAACAGACAUAUCAAGUGAUAAUCACCCUGAGACAACCAGUAGUGGCCGUAUUAUAAAGAAGCCAACUAGAUUGAAUUUAUAA